GCGUACUUGCGUAUUGUUGCUUGCCUAACCCAGUAAUUGUUGUUUCUAAUCUCAAAUGCGGUUCGAGUGUUUUGCAAGAACAUGCCGCAAAAAAUUCACAUACGCCUUGCCGCUCAUCGCAUCAACCCCUCAAUUGCUGUUAACCGUCGAGUUCCAAAGAUAUUUACUCCGGGACAAGUGAUUACGGAGCAAAAUGAAUUUAUGAGAGGGCAUGGUACGUACGAAGAAGAGGGUUUUUUAAAAUCAUCAGUUGCUGGAGUUAAGGAACAAGUAAAUAAUUUGAUUUCGAUUCGUCCGUUAAAAAGUCGAUAUAAUGGUGAAGUGGGUGAUGUGGUGGUUGGACGAGUCACAGAAGUCCAACAAAAACGCUGGAAAGUUGAUACGAAUUCGCGUCUGGAUUCGGUCUUGUUGUUGUCUUCCGUUAAUUUACCAGGAGGGGAACUGCGGCGUAGAUCAGCAGAAGACGAGCAUAUGAUGAGACAAUAUCUUCAAGAGGGCGAUCUUAUAAGUGCCGAAGUACAGAGCGUUUAUUCAGAUGGUUCUUUAUCUUUACAUACUAGAAGUUUGAAAUAUGGAAAACUUUCUCAAGGUAUUUUAGUUAAAGUCUUUCCCUCGCUCAUUAAAAGGAGCAAAACACAUUUUCACAAUUUCUAUGUUGGGGCUAGUAUUAUUUUGGGCAAUAAUGGGUUUAUUUGGAUUUAUCCAACUGUUUCAAAUGCUGAGGAUAACGCUGGUGGCUUUGUGCAAAAUUUGGAACAAGUCGUUUCAAGGCCAGAAAGAGAAACAAUUGGACGUCUUCGAAACUGUAUUUUGGCGCUUAUUCAAAGUAAAAUGAUGCUGUACGAUACUAGCAUUUUGUAUGCUUUUGAAGAAUCACAGAAAUAUUCAGUGGCUGAAUUAUUGAUUCCUGAAGCUAUGGUCGAUGUAGCAAUUUUGACUCAGGAUAGGUUAAGCAUGUUGGAAAAUUCAUAAUAAAUAGUUUUUUCUUAUAAAAAA